AUGAAGGAACGACUACAUUGGAAGGAACUCAAGAAGCUUUCUUCUCCAAGCACUCGGACAAGCCGAAUAAUUGAUGAAGGGGUCGCGUCAACCGGGUUCAGUGUAAGCCCAGUGACACAGUGCAACCAGGCAUAUGCAAGCACAGAGGCCAAGUCGCGAGUGCGAAAAAUUGGAUUAAUCGGGGUCACCCGGGCAAGCCGAAUAAUUGAUGAAAAAAAUGGAGUCGCAUCAACUGGGGUCAGUGUAGGCCCAGUGACACAGUGCAACUAG